GCAUGAACGUAGGGUCUUAGGGAGUAAAUAUAUUUUUUGAUAUUUUAUAUACCAAAUUUUACGCAAUUUGUCUAGUCUUACUUUUAUACCAACAAUUAUAUACUCAGUAUUAAUUCAUAGUUCCUUUGUAGAUUUAUCAAUAAUUUGUCUAAAGACUGUAUUCUAUCCUAUUAUUUAAAAACCGGCUUUAAUUGAUUAUUAUACAUCUAACAAUAAUUAAACGAUGGAAAAUCAGAAAUUAUUGGAAUUAGAAACCGAUAUAACAGAAAAUGAUCAGAAGAAUAUUUUCUCAGAUACUGAUGAUGGAACGUUAUCGGAAGAGUUAAAACACAAAUAUGAAAAUGCUAUUGAUGAUGACCUUUACAUAGUAACAGAGAAAGUAAUUAAUGCUGAAAAAUCACCUUCGCUUGAAAAUACCUAUGAAGUAAUCGAUCAGGAGUCUAAAACUGUUCAUGAUGUUAAGGAAGAAACUGAAGAUACAAACAUAUCUGACGAAGAGAAAGAUAAUUUAUUUGAAAACGAUCCAGUGUAUUAUAAAAAAAAUGAGGAUCUUGGAACUAUUCCACAAAUAGAAACUCCAAAAGUAGAAGAACUAGUAUCUUCUGAAAAAUCUGAACCCUUGAUUACUGAUACUACUAAAACAGUAAUCAUUCAAGAUAAUGAACCUGUGGAUACUACUUUACAAUCCAAAGUAAAAAUUUCAGAUAUUCCAGAAGUCAUUCCAAAAGUGUCAAACGAGGUGUCAACUAAGAAAGAUUCCGAUGAAGGGGAUGUAUGUGACAUAAAGAUUGGACCUGAUGAACUAUUUUGUAGAAUUGGACUAGAUAAAUGGUUUAACCCUGAAAAAUUACCACCAAAAGUUGAAGCUUUGGUAUAUUGGAGAGAUCCUGUAUCAUCGGGCAUUGUUUUUGGUGCUACGUUAGUCGUAUUGUUGUCGUUCGCAUAUAUGUCACUGAUUAGCGUAGUUGCUUAUCUGGCUAUGUUCAUACAAUCUGGAUGCAUUCUUUUACGUCUGUAUAAAACUGCUCUACAGACAGUAAAUAAAACUAAUGAAAGUCACCCAUUCCAAGAAUAUCUUGACUUGGACAUCAGGCUACCACAGGAAAAAGCUGAAGAACUGAGCAAAUUAGCUGUUGUGCACAUCAAUGCCGUAUUGGUUGAACUUCGUCGCUUGUUACUUGCUGAAGACUUGGUUGACUCUGCCAAAUUCUUUGGUAUUCUCUGGGUGUUGACAUAUGUUGGCGCUUUGUUCAACGGCCUUACACUCAUAAUUAUUGGAUUUAUUGCUCUGUUCACACUACCCAAAGUUUAUGAGAACAAUAAGACUCAAAUUGAUCAAAAUAUUGAAGUAGUUAGAAGCAAGAUUGCUGAAUUGACUAACAAAGUUCGAGCAGCUAUUCCAAUCGGAAAAAAGAAUCCAGAGACAAAGAAGAAGGAAUAAACCCCUUGUUUGUUUUCCUAUUAAAGUCCAUCAAUUUUCUUGUGGUCAAUGAUUAAAAUUUUAGGCCAACAUAUAUUUUUUUUUUUUUUUUAUUAAUAUAUAUUUAUAUAUAUAUAUAUAUUUAGACCAUGUCGUCCCAGUAAAAUUAAACAUUUAUACUAUUAUUAAAAUACUCAUUGCUCCUGUUUUUAAAUAAUUUAUAUUGUAUCACGGGAAAAUAUGUGUAGAACGUCUUUUGACAUUACUAUUUCACCACAUAAUGUAAACGUGUAAAGGUUUGUGAGUUAUUUCAUUUUUAUUUUCAGCCUGGUUCAGCUUUUGCUCAUUUUAUUAUUCUGCCCCUCCUCAAAUUUUACCUACAUUUUUAUUCCUCUUGCUAUAUAUUAUAAUAUAGCAAAGCAAGCUAGCUUAACUUUUAAACAAUGCUAUUUGUUUGUGUAUACUUAUAAUAUAUUUACUCUGUUGAGAAUGUGUUAAAGUUUUUUUUUUCUUUUUUAUAUAGAUUUUGUUCUAGUUUCUUAUUUCUAUAUAUUAAUUAAUAGAUAGGUUUAACAAUUAUUUUAUAACUCAAACGGAUAAUAUUGAAUGUAGCUAUACAUAAUAUAUAUAUCAUUAAAUAUGUAAACGUUUUUACAUUGUAUUGUUACAAGUUAUAAGCAUACACUGUCAUUUUUUUCUUUUGACAAAAUAGUUAUAACAGCUGUUCACUUUUAUAAAAUUAAUUAUAUAAACAGGCAAUACCAUCAAAUCAUCAAUCAAUGCAAUAUACUAAUGGUUUUUUUUUCAAUGUCA